AACUGCACAUGCCAGGCUGCAAUUGGUUACUGGCUCAGGACAGCCCCCUCAUACUGGGGCCCUGGGGGAUUUUAAGCAGGUUCCAGGAACCCCCCGCUCAGUUCCUGGUCCCCCACUCUCCCAACCCUGCAGACCCUGCCCCAGCUAUGGCUCCUGGGGCUCCCUCGUCCAGCCCCAGUUCUAUCCUGGCCGCACUGCUCUUCUCCUCAUUGGUGCUGUCCCUGGCCCAGGCCAUUGUCGUGUACACGGACAGGGAGGUCCAUGGCGCUGUCGGCUCCCGAGUGACCCUGCACUGCUCCUUCUGGUCCAGCGAGUGGGUCUCGGAUGACAUCUCCUUCACCUGGCGCUACCAGCCCGAGGGGGGCCGCGAUGCCAUCUCAAUCUUCCACUUCGCCAAGGGGCAGCCCUACAUCGACGAGGUGGGCACCUUCAAGGAGCGCAUCCAGUGGGUAGGGGACCCGCGCUGGAAGGACGGCUCCAUCGUCAUCCACAACCUGGACUACAGCGACAACGGCACGUUCACCUGUGACGUCAAGAACCCCCCGGACAUCGUGGGCAAGACCUCGAAGGUCACACUCUACGUCUUCGAAAAAGGUGCGCGAGGAGACGGAGGACGGGUCUGGGGCCCUGGGAGGCGGGCGGAGGCAGCUGGGGUCACCCCGCCCGCAGGGGAGGGGGCAGGUCCGGCUGGGCUCUCACUGUCCCUCGGGGCUCGGGGCGCAGGGGCGGAGGCCCCCCAGGGCGCGAAGGUGGUGGUCAUCGAGAUGGAGCUUCGCAAGGACGAGCAGAGCUCGGAGCUCAGGCCCGCAGUCAAGUCCCCCAGCAGAACCAGCCUCAAGAACGCCCUCAAGAACAUGAUGGGCCGGGACUCGGACCCGUGACCAGCCCAGGCCCUGCAGAGCCGGGGCCCGGGCUCCCUUUGCCCCUCUAGGUGCCCUGCCCUGCCCUCACUUCGCUCUGAGAUGUAAGUUUCACUCCAAAAUUCAUUCCCCAGGCACGUCAUACUCUCCCCCACCUCCACCCCCUGGCUUUCUGGGAGUCCAGGGCCUGAUCCUACCCUGCACCGCCCCAAGGACUGUGUGUUUGGUGCCUGUCCCUCCGGCACCGAGAAGAAAGGGACCUUGCUACCCCGCGCCUCGACUCCAGGCCGCCUGCACCCGUGCCCCUGCACCCAACCUGUCCCGCUGCCUCUUCCCUCCCUGACCCUCCCACCCCUCCGUCAGGGGCCCUGCCCUACUGUGUGCUCUCAGCUAACACCGGGUCAUGCAGAUCAGCUCCCUGCAGGGUUUAUUCCGGUUCUUUUAUUUUUUUAAUCCAAGCUUGUCGGUUGGUUUGCCGGUGCCCUUGCUCUGACCCCCAUGACUGAGUACCAAUGACGUCAUGUGGAUGUUUCGAUUCCCCGCCCCCAUUCCGUCCUUCAGGGAGUCCGCCGGGCGCAGGGCCCCCGACGCCCGCCCUCUGCGGCCGCUCGGAGCACUGUCCUGGGGCUCGAGGUCCUGGGGGAGGAGGGACAACGAUCCUCAGGUCAGGAGUUGAGGAAAGGGGCAGAUGAGCCUUAAGAAAUGGCUUUUAAACAACCAAACAGAAAGGAGGAAAACAAAUGGGAACUAGGGUGAAAGGGAAGAGGCUACACUCCCAGCCACAGGGGAUUCUUAGAAUUUUUCUACAUUCUGUAUAUUUCUUCUCAACCCCCAAAUGUCCUCAUAUGUUUAAUAAACACUGACAUUUCCAGAA